GCCUGUCAUCCAGCGGUGCCACAGACAGUGCACGGCAGCCCCCUGCUGCUGUCACUGACUCACUCUGCAGACAGAAGCGGAGACGAACAACUAUUGUGAGAUAAACGGUGCGUUUGUGUGGAUACAGGGCUGAUCAGAGCGGCUUAAGUCCCUGGAGCGAGCUCGAAUGGAAUUCCCCGUUCUUCGUGACUGUGUCAAAUAGCGGGAACUUGUGAAGUGACCGGCGGCUGGAGCAUCAGGAGCCGGAAAGAGCAGAGCAGAGAGCUGGCAGCACUAGAGGGAGUGAGUGAGCAUGGUCGAGCCGGGCGCCAAGAGCAGCCUGCAGAGGAAGAAACCUCCAUGGCUCACAGUGGACAUCCCCACCAUCCAUGUCACGCCUGACAAUGGACCAAUCAGCUCUCAGCCAGUGAAGCGUCUGCGCAGUGUGAGCAUGCCCACCACAUCACAACCCUCUGCCCCUCUCCUCAGACCCCCAUUGGAACGCCUUCCCUCUAUCUCUCUCUCCAUCAAGAGGGUGAGAUUUAAGAGAGUGAACACAGUGCCCCCUAAAGGCCAGCGGGGGGAGAGGAGUGUGUCCACAGUCCGGAGGCGCUCCUGUGUGCCCAAAAUACAGACAAGGAGACGAUCGACUAUACCCAAACAGAUUAUGAGGGGCACGGCAGACUGGUUCGGCGUGGGUAAGGACAGUGACAGCAGCACUCAGAGAUGGAGGAGGAGGAGCCUACACCACUGCAGUCACCUGUACGGAGGUCUGAAGGCGCAGGUGAUCAGGGACAUGAUGAUGAACAGGGAUAUGACAGAGCUCCACAGUCAGGACAACCUCUCCCUGGCCAGCACCGAGACCCCUCCCCCUCUGUACCUCCCACCGCCCCCUCACCCCUCCCACCAGCACGGGGGCAUGCAGAGGAUAGUUGACCCGCUGGCGAGGGGGCGGGCCUUCAGAACGACAGAGGAAGUGGACAGUCUCAGUGUCCCACAGACACCCAUGACCCCGGGGACAGCCUCCCUCUGCUCUCUCUCCAGCUCCCGCUCCAACCUCAACCGGUUACCACGGCGACGCAAACGGGAGUCUGUUGCAGUCAUGAGCCUCAAGGCUGCAGCUGCACUUAUGAAGGGCCGGACUAUAGGAGACAACACAACGGGCAGAUGUCGUAAGCGCAGUUUCAUGCCUCCUAGUUUCUAUGAGGAUGACACAGUGGAUUUUCCUGAGGACUUGGACACCUCCUUUUUCGCCAGAGAGGGUCUGCAUGACGACCUGUCCACUUACGCUGAUGAAGUUUUCGAAACACCAUCUGAAGCCAACAUCAACCAAACAGAAGAGCCCGAGCUGACCGGGAGUCCUCUAGACCGCACUGUGCUAGAGAGAAGUCACCUUAUGCUACCUUUGGAGAGAGGCUGGAGGAAGGCUAAAGAUGGCUCCAUGGUGCAGCCCAAAGUGCGAUUAAAACAGGAAGUGGUGAGCUCCGACCCGCGACAGAGAGGGCAGAAGAUAGUGGUACCAGUGAAGAAACUAUUCGCUAAAGAGAAGCGUCCGUACGGCCUCGGCAUUGUGGGUAAACUCACCAACCGCACCUACCGCAAACGAAUCGACAGCUACGUGAAGAGGCAGAUAGAGGACAUGGACGAUCACAGGCCUUUCUUUUCCUACUGGCUCACCUUUGUCCAUUUGCUCAUCACCGGGUUGGCUGUCACUAUCUAUGGAAUCGCUCCAGUUGGAUUUUCUCAACAUGAAACCGUGGAUUCUGUAUUGAGGAACAAAGGAGUCUAUGAGAAUGUUCGAUUUGUGCAACAGCAGAACUUUUGGAUUGGUCCCAGUUCAGAAGCUUUAAUCCACCUGGGCGCUAAGUUCUCCCCUUGUAUGCGUCGAGAUGAGGAGAUCUACAAUCUGAUGCAGGAGAAGAGGGAGCAGGAGAGGGAUUCUGGCUGUUGUGUAAGAAAUGACCGCUCUGGAUGUCUGCAGACUUCACAAGAGGAGUGCUCGAGUACCUUAGCAGUGUGGGUGAAGUGGCCUCAACAUCCCAGUGCUCCCUUUCUGAAUGGUAAAGUGCGGCACUACGGGGCUGUCUGCCAUCAGGAUCCAAGGAUUUGUCUGGAACCAGCCUCAGUAUCACCUCAUGAGUGGCUUGAUGACAUCACUAAGUGGCCAGUUUGCACAAAAUAUAACUCUGGGAAUCACACCAACCUUCCACACAUCGACUGCACCAUCACAGGCCGGCCCUGCUGCAUUGGGACUAAAGGACGAUGUGAAAUUACUUCCAGAGAGUACUGUGAGUUCAUGCACGGCUACUUCCACGAGGAGGCCACUCUCUGCUCACAGGUGGCUUGCAUGGAUGACGUGUGUGGUCUUCUGCCUUUCCUCAACCCAGAGAUCCCAGACCAGUUCUCCAGACUGUGGCUCUCUCUCUUCCUUCACGCUGGGAUCCUGCAUUGUCUGGUGUCAGUGCUGUUCCAGAUGACCAUACUGAGGGACCUGGAGAAGCUCACGGGCUGGCUGCGUAUCUCCAUCAUCUACAUCCUCAGCGGGAUCACUGGCAACCUGGCCUCAGCCAUCUUCUUACCUUACAGAGCAGAGGUGGGCCCUGCGGGGAGUCAGUUCGGGAUCCUGGCCUGUCUGUUUGUGGAGUUAUUCCAGAGCUGGCAGAUCCUGGAAAGGCCUUGGCGCGCCUUUGCUAAGCUCCUGGCCAUUUCAGUCUUCUUUUUCUCCUUUGGCCUCCUCCCGUGGAUCGACAACUUUGCGCACAUCUGUGGUUUUGUGUCCGGUUUCUUCUUAUCCUUUGCCUUCCUGCCAUACAUCAGUUUUGGUCGCUCAGAUAUGUACCGCAAGAGGAUCCAGAUCUGUGUCUUUCUUCUCAUCUUCCUGGGCCUGCUGUCCUCCCUGGCUGUCCUCUUCUAUGUCUACCCCAUCAAGUGUGACUGGUGUGAAUACCUCACCUGCAUCCCCAUCACGGACAAGUUCUGUGAGAAGUACGACCUCAACGCUCACCUGCUCUGAGUCUGACUUGUGACCUCAGGAGAGAGACGAUGUGGGAUGAGAGAAUGCAGCUACUGCUCAGACUGUUGAUAUUUUGUAUUUUCACACUUAUUAUGGUACUAUGAAGAACGCAUGUAUGUGCAAUGAUUUGUUAAGAGAAAACAGAGGAGUUGAAUGAGAAACUAGAAAAUGAACAAUGAGUGAUUGAUCAGUUAGUAGCUGGGCUUUACCGAUCAAUAACGUUGAACUUUUUUUUACUAGACAUCUCCAUAGACUGUAUAGAAGAAGAAUAUAUAGGGUCUAUGGACAUUUCUUCCAAAACACUGCCCUCUAGCGGUGAAAAGGGCAUCGAACGCUUAAAUAAUUUAGCACUUAAUCCUUGGGGCAGGCCUGUUUACUGUAUAAUGUGCCUUCCUAAUUAUAUGUAUGCACUUAAUGUUGUGUUAUACCACGUAGCCUAAUGGACUUUAAAGCACAUCUUUCAUUAGUGGGUAUAACCUAAACAAUUUUCUUUAGUGUUUGGUACAAAAUGUAAAUAGUUUGGAUUACAAAUUCUGUGUGUUUUGUAAUGAAAGCAAUACAUUCAUUAUGGUUGCGUUUUAGCCACCUUUUAAUAAACACGAUUUAACACCUUUA